AUGCGUCGGCACCGCCUCGUUCUCGCACUCUUUGCUCUCCUCCUCCUCCUCCUUCCACUGGUCACGGCCGUCGCAGAUGAGACAGUCAUCGGGGGCUGGACUCCAAUAAAAAACAUCGGUGAUCCCCACGUUAAGGAAAUUGCGGAGUUUGCGGUGUCGGAGUACAACCAAUCUCAGAAAAAGAGCUUGGUGUUUCAGAGUGUGGUCCGGGGAGAGACACAGGUCGUUGCAGGCAUCAAGUAUCGGCUCGUCAUUUCUGUCAAUGAAGGUGAUUCCUUGGCGAAUUAUGAGGCUGUUGUAUGGGAGAAGAUAUGGAUCAAGUUUAGGAAGUUGAUCUCUUUUAAUAAAGCGGGAAAUUAA